CACGAUUGGCGUUCAGAGCACCUUGCUGCUGUCGUACACCGGAGAGCCGCUGCGGAUCCUGGGCGAUGUGUUCCUCCGGGAGCCUUCCUCUGUGUACGACCGAGGGAACGGAACGACAGAGCGGGACAGCCAGCUUUCCACCUGCAGCCUGGGCAAUGAUUCCAACUAGGAUUGCCAACUUUCCAGUUUUAGACUAGACAGUCUGGAUUUUAAACCUGCUGUACAGUUUUGUAGUACACUGAAAACCAGAAACGCAUUGCUCGUUAACACUACGAAAGGCGACCACAGGAUCUGUGUCAUUGGUGCAAAUUUGUGACAGACGGCUGUGCCUUUAAUUAUCAAUUGCUCUUGCUAAAACGACGAAAGAGCUGGACAAAUUGAUGUCACCAUAAUGAGCAACACAAUUUCACCUUUUGUUGGGUUUUGACAUAAUUUAAUGUAUGCUGCCGUUCAAUUAUUUUGAGGAAAUUGCUGUGAAGAUAGAUAUUGCUAGCAGCCAGACAGAGAAGGAGGCGGUACCUGCGUUGUGUAGCAAACCUGCUUGUUCUGUGAUAUUUUGUCAACUUCAUGUUCUUUACAAAAAAAAAAGAAUCAAGGUCUGUUGAUAAUGCAGUACAUAUUGCAAAUAUAUAUAUAUAUUUAAAGUUAUAAAGAUAUAUUUGAAUAAAACAUUUAUCUCAUGUGUGUGCAGGUAUGCUAGAUUACCCAACAAAAGAUCUUCCCAAGAAUGUUUCUUUGGAGUUUAUUUUAACAUUGUUCUGAUCUUAGAUGAUAUAAAGGAAUGGAAAGGCAGGCAGGUGGAACAGCUUCUUAAAGUCCCCUUGAAGGCUCUCGCUCUGGCUCUGCUGUGCUGUGCUGCUCCUGACAUGGGGCUCCUUCGGGUCCCUCUGAAGAAGUUCAAGUCUGUCCGCCAGCAGAUGAAGGAGAGCGGGAAGCUGAAGGCAAUCCAUUACACUGAUCCUGGCCUCAAGUACCAGGGCCUGCAUCCCAAUGCCUACGCCAUUUCCAGCAACGUGCCUCUCAGGAACUAUGGUGACAUGUCCUACAGUGGAGUCAUAAGCAUCGGGACCCCAGCCCAGUCUUUUUAUGUUCAGUUUGACACCGGAUCCUCCAACCUCUGGGUUGCCUCUACGUACUGCAGCAGCCAGGCCUGCACAAACAUACCUUUGUUCAACCCCUCUCAGUCCUCCACCUGGUCCAGUAAUGGGCAGACCUUCUCCCUGCAGUACGGCACUGGGAGCCUCACUGGGGUCUUCGGCUACGACACUGUCACUAUCGGGGGCAUUACCCUCACUAACCAGGAAGUGGGUCUGAGCACCAGUGAGCCGGGCACCAACUUUAUGUAUGUCGGAUAUGAUGGCAUCCUCGGCCUGGCAUACCCCAGUGAGUCUGUAGAAGGACAGCCCACUGUUAUGGACACCAUGAUGCAGAAUAACAUGCUUAAUGCCAACAUUUUUGCCUUCUUCCUGAGCCGGAAUGAGGCCCAAGGCAGCGAGAUGACAUUUGGUGGUGUUGAUCAGAGCCGAUACACUGGCGACAUCUACUGGACUGACGUCACCAAUGAGAUGUACUGGCAGAUUGAAAUUAAUGGCUUCUCAAUCAACAACCAGGAGACUGGCUGGUGCCAGGAGGGUUGUCAAAGUAUUGUGGACACAGGCACUUCCCUCCUCGGCUGCCCUCAUCAGUACCUGGGAUACCUGCAGCAGUACAUUGGAGCUCAGGCUGACGAGAAUGGGGAUUACAUUAUUGAUUGCAACAACCUGGCUAACAUGCCUACUAUUUCCUUUAACAUCAACGGAGUGAACUUCCCCCUGCCCCCAUCUGCCUACACCAUCGUUACCUACCAGAAUGGACAACAGUACUGCACCAGCGGCAUCAUGGGUACCUACCUGUCUUCCCAGAACGGCCAGGUCAUGUGGAUUCUGGGAGACGUGUUCCUGAGGGAGUAUUACUCUGUCUUCGACAGGCAGUACAACCGAGUCGGAUUCGCCGCUGCUGCUUAAGCCCCUCCCAUUCACUCCGGCCUCAGCCCAAUCCCUUUAUAACACACCUUAAACCAACCAACCAGAACGACUGCAAUGCUAGCCUGGGUUUCACCCUCCACACGUUGUGAGAGAGGGUGUGUUAUACAAAUAAAAACACACAUG